CCUUGCUGGCUCUCAUAAUCAUUGCCAAAACCCUGCGCAACACACUUCAAGAAAUGGACAUCGAUCCAGUCAUGGACCAGUGGGAUCCCUUAGGCUUGACGGUCUCCGGGUAGGUAAGACUCGAUCGGAGUGCCCAGACUCUCCUUGGAAAAGCGCUGUCUCUAGUUUCUAGCUUCGCAGUUUGAGGCCGGGGGAUGAGAAAGAAAAGAGGCGACCUGAGGCUGAGGCUCUUGGCAGUGCAGGCAAUAGAUUGAAUGCUUGCUGCUGACCGAAGCUCCUGAGUCUUGAGGCCAGCAGCGCCAUCAUGCCUUGCCUGAUUCUGCGAACGGCAGAAAAGUGUACUUUCAACAGGCAAUCUGGACGGGGCACCUCGCAGCUGGCACUUUCUGAAUCUCCCAGCUGCUGCAAUGGCCGCGCUGUUGCAACUCUGAUGCCGGGAACUAGGAAUAUGAGAAGUGCAUGGCUGCGAGAUUGUCCAGCUAUUAAAUCCAACAAACACAAGCGACCUCCGACAUUCUGCAUAUCUGCUGCAGCUUCCAGGGAGACGUCUGUAAAAGUUGAGCCACCGCCUGCUGAUUACAACCACCGCCAUGCGCUAUAUAAGCAGUCGCGCGCCUAUGUAUAUAAGCACUACCCACAGCUAUCGGACCUGGCGGAAGACGGGACGCUUAUGGUGGUGCAGAGGCCUGAGGACUAUGUGGAACGGAGGGAGGAUGGAUACCGAGAACCUGAGACCAUCUUCCUGGUUGGCACGGCCCACCUCAGCCGCCGUUCCGCCACCGACGUCACCCGGGUAAUGAACGCGGUCAAGCCCGAAAACGUGGUCGUCGAGCUUUGCCGGAGCCGAGCCGCGAUCAUGUACGUGGAAGACUCAGAGGACGAAGCGGAACCGUCCACCAGUGGAAGCUCGAAUUUGAUGUCGUUUAGCGGGAGGGGCUCGUUUAACGACACGGUCGGGCGGAGUUUGGAACUGGGCGGCCGACCGGCUAUGGCAAUGAGGUUAGCGCUGGGCUCGAUUUCUGACCGGUUGUCGGAGUCAGUGGGGGUCAAGACGGGGGUCGAGUGGCGGGCGGCGAGGGUGGCUGCAGAAGAGCUGGGCUCGCAGAUCGUGCUUGGCGACCGGCCAAUCGAGAUCACGCUGCAGCGCGCAUGGACCGCCCUCGGCUUCUUUGAAAGGUUCCGCUUCCUGUGGUUCGUCUUUUACGCUCUAACCACGCCAGGGUUAACCAUGACCGAGGAUGUUAUGGACCUGUUCAAGGACGACGACGCGCUGUCGGUCGCGUUCAAGGAGUGCGCGGCGACGUUCCCGGGGCUCAUGGGGCCGCUGACGCACGAACGAGAAAUGUACCUCGCUUGGUCGAUGAAGCGCAGCAAGGCCGUCAACGGAACCAAACAAGUGGUGGGCGUCAUGGGCCGGGGUCACAUGCGGGGGGUAGUUUACUACCUAACCCACAGCCAGGACAAACUAAGGUUUAAGGACUUGGUCGGGGAGCGGAAAAAGCUGGGGUCGAACCCCCUGGCCCGGAUGCCGCCGUUUGUUAGAAACUUGAUCAUUGAGUUCGUCGCAGGGGGGUUGCUCUGGUGGUUGUGGACCAAGGUGCUUAGCAAGUAUGACGUUCCCUUCCAUUUCUAGUGUAGGCGCUCUUAGUUAAUGGAAGGAGCCCGGUUUUAUGCGGAGUGCUUGUAAGCUGGUGCAAGCUUCAGUGCAAGGUAAAGGUCAGGAAUAGGACGGUCACAUUGAUCUAGGUACAUGCUAACAGUUGUACAGACGUCGUCAAAGUUUAGGGGUACCGAAAAGGGCCGUAAUCGAACGUGUUCCGACCGUCCUUACAGCAAUUCGUCCAGAUUGAUGGAUAACAUUUCAAGUCGAUC